AACCGCGCCGCCGGGGGGGUUGACCAGAGACGUCAGCAUCGGAGUCGCCUGGUACAGAGGCAGCAGCAGCAGAAGGACAUCGACCGCCGCCGUCUCCACCUCCACCACCUUCCUCAUCGUCCUCGCAGCUCACGGUGUCGCCAUGGCCGGUCACGACUCGAGUGUGCAGUACCAGUUCAAAGGCAUCCAGAAAUAUUUUAAUGCUUACACCCUGAUCGGCAGACGCAAUUGCGUCCUCGCCACGUAUGCAACCAUUGCGGGCAUCGUUCUGUUUUUCAAGUUGAAGUCAAAAAAGCCUAAGCAGAUUCAAGAUUCUUAAAGGAAACUUGAUGAAGAUGGGGACCAUCCAACAACUCGACACUCGGAUGUGAAGAAAUUUGUGUUCCUAAAGUAACAGCUACUCAUCCUGCUGUGUAAUGCCCCAAUAAAGGAAGUUUUAAAACAACUGUGCAUGUGAUCAUUAAUUUGCUACGCGUGGUAUGUUUUUAAAAGUAAGCGUGCCCAAUGGAUUUACCUGAUGAUUUAUGCUCUUGCAUUGUAGCCAAAACGUGUCAUGAAUUUGCAGUAGAACUAGGCCCUCCCAACGGUUUUGAAUUAAUGGGCCAAAGCUGAUAUUGUUACCACCUUAAGUUAAUAAAAACCUUAUUUGGUUGAGGGGAGGUGUGGUAGAGGAAUAAAUCUAGCGGAAUAAACGAAGUGCGGUGGUUUAACACAUAGUUGUGCUUGCACAUUCACCUGGGUCUAUCCCAUGGCCUGCCAGCUUGGGUUACUUUACGUGACUCUACCCCAAGGUGCACAUCCCAGUUCAAGCACCGUAUUGAUGUCACCGCCACUAGCGGUGGCUAGAGUUCUGUUCUAAACUCGUGGCACCGAAUCAAAUAAUACUGUACUGCACCUUUAACAAUCUAUCAGUACAAUAAAAGCUACCAUGCAGAACCUGAAA